UCGAUUCUGAAGCAGCAGAGCUCAACAAGCAACGAGUGCCGAACUCCAUCGCUCGUAGAGGGUCUCUACGUACGUGAUACUUAUCGUUUCAGACAGUUCGGACAGGGGUAUCGCAUACUUACAUUGUGAAACUACAGCAAUGGCCAGACCCACCAUACCCGCGGAGUUCAGUAAACUUCCAUUCGAGCAGUUACCAUUUUCGAGUCAGGUUCCAGUCCGAAGCUGGGCAACUCUGCAAAAUAUCAAGCCAUGGCCGAUUGAGUACAGCCUUGUGUUUGUUGUUGACAGGCAGAAUUCACAAGUGCUAUUAGGAUUGAAGAGGCGCGGUAUGGGAGUUGGCCUGUACAAUGGUUUCGGAGGCAAGCCAGAACCCGGAGAGUCGAUGCUGGGCUGUGCGGUUAGGGAGCUACAUGAAGAGUCAGGUUUGGUUGUAAACAGAUUCGAUCUUCACUACAAGGGCAUUCUCCUUACCAGCCGACCAGAUCCUGGUACUCAGCAAGAGAAAUCUCUCCUAAGGAUUCACAUAUACGCCUGUACUUCUUGGUCGGGAGAUCCGGAAACAACGGAGGAAAUGGAGCCAAAAUGGAUCAACAUCUCUGAUCUGCCUCUAGAAAAGAUGUGGCCAGAGGCCAGAAAAUAUGUUCCUGCUCUCAUGCAGUCUAUCCUUCAAGACAGAUCGAAUACAGAGAUGCUUCUAGCGCGCGUUGACUACGAGUACCUCACUUCUGUCCAGGCCCCGACAUCUUUACCUCCGCUGCUAGGAUUAAGCAUUAAGUUCGAAAACGAAGAUGGAGAUGAUUUACCCAUGGAGCGAUUGAGCGGCUGGUGGAUGGCAUUCACAACAGCACGGAUGUUGUCUUCCGUCACCGGAGACAGUGGAAUAUAGAAACCUGCCUUGUUCGUUGGACAAGGGACCACCAGCAAACCAAUAAUAGAUCAUAGAGCGAAAUGCAUCAUUCUUUUCUU